AGGGGGAGGGAGCCUGCAGUCACCGCCGCCGCCGACGACGAUUCUCCAGAGUGAAGGUGAAGGUGAAGGUGAAGGUGAAGGUGGCGGACGUGAUGUUUCCCUUGUUGCUCCUGCUGCUGUUCGGCCUGCUUCGGCCUUCCGACGCCGAGGGAGUUCCGCUCACUCAGUGGUGCAACCCAUCCGCAGAUGGCACCAUCUACAAAUACCAGGCAAAGCCCCUGAAUGGCAGUCGUGCCAUUAACUUCAGCCACUAUGCAGGAAGGACUGUCCUUUUUGUCAAUGUGGCUACGUACUGAGGUUACACCUCUCAGUACGUGGAGCUGAAUGCACUUCAGGAGGAGAUGAAUAUCCUUGGACUCACCAUACUCAGCUUCCCUUGCAAUCAGUUUGGGAAACAGGAACCUGCGGAAAACCACGAGAUCCUGCCAGGUUUAAAGCAUGUCAGACCCGGCAAUGACUUUGUUCCAAACUUCCUGUUGUUUGAGAAAGGUGAUGUGAAUGGGAAAAACGAGCAAGGGGUUUAUACUUUCCUCAAGAGUUCCUGUCCUCCAGUCUCUGAUAACUUUGGUAACCCCACCAACAGACUGUUCUGGGAUCCGCUGAAAGUCAGUGACAUCAAGUGGAACUUCGAAAAGUUCUUGGUGGGGCCAGAUGGAAAAGCUGUGAUGAGAUGGCACCCGGCUAUCAAGGUUUCCGAGGUGCGAGCUGAUAUUCACGAAUACCUGCUCCGACGUUACACAGAAGAGAUUUUCAACUAGAAAGUCCAAACAGUAGUUUCCAAAUGUAGUCAAGUGUGAAGAGCUGUAGAGCUAGCCGUUUCUCUAAUUUGUGAAAGUAGCAUGUUAAAUGAAGAAGAGGUUUGAAAACAGAAAGUCUGUGGAGCUUCUUUGGAGUCUGAGGAUCAAGGCUAGCUUUUUAGUGCAUUCAAGCUGUCUUUUGAUCCCACAGCAACAUGUUGUUUUCACAAACCGGGAACUGCCGGCAUUUACAGCCUCAACAUCAACUACUUUUAAUAAAUGACAAUGACAACAGCA